UCUGUCUGUCGAUCAGUCCUUCAGAAUCCGCGAACGGUUAAACAGCGUUCUUUAAAAUAGAAUUCAAUUCGUUAUCGUUAUAGUUAGAAGAUGAUUUUGUAAAAUCGUCUAUCGACUUUCGUGAAUAGUUUAAGCAAAAAGAAUAAACAUAAAACCGAUUGGCCAGAAUGGGGUCAAGACGAUUGAUAACAGUGCUUCUUGUUUGUCUUGUUAUAUACAACGAUAUACCAAAUACACAAGCAAAUGUGGGAAAUCAUCAAGAGGAGAGACACGAAUAUCAAUAUCAACGUUCAUCAAAAGUUGUCGGUGGUACAGGCUACUACAACAGCAGGUCGGGAAAUGCUGAACAAACUGCAGAAAACUUCGAUGGUUGGACACAGAGCCAAAGAGACCAAGUUGAGGGAAUGGCUGAAAAACUGAGGACUGAAUUAAGCACCGCUCAGCCAUACUAUGGACAAGGAUGCAGUAAAAUUUGUGCCCUAAUACCUGGAUUUGCAGGCAGAAGUCAGGAGGAAAUCGACCAAAUAGCCAAAGAAAUGACAACGCAAAUUAUUGAGGAUUUGCAAAGUGGUAAACUAGUACGGAGUCAAAUGAAUCAACCGAACUGGUUUGAACAUCAGGUUGCGCAGAAAAUAAUUGACCUCAGAAAGCAUCACGAGGAGCAAUAUCAGCAAAACGUUUACAGAGCCACAAGCCGAUUCCAUGAAAACCAAGGCUCUCAAGUACAGCCGGAUAUGUACGCUGGAGGUGGAACUUACAACAAAGAAACUGAAGACGUACAACAACAGCAGGAAAAUGUUUUCACUGAUGAUGAUUUGAGGCAGAUACAACAGAGUGUUUUCGAUCAACGACAACAGCAGCAACAGGGCAAUUUCUACCAACAACAGUCACAAAAUCAACAACAUACUGUUUACACACGUCCAGUGAACAGAUAUUACAACACUCAGACUACCAGCAGAGAUAGUACGAAUGAACAAAGAUUCCGAACAGUUUAUCCUACACCAAUGGUUGUGACAAACAAUGUAAAAGAAGAAAAGAACUUUACGUCUUCCAGUAGCACAGCCUCCGUUCCACAAAUCAAUGUUUACAAUCAGUAUGGUCGCACAGACAAAGAAAUGGAAGAUACAGAAUAUACUCGAACCCAGACAAUACCUGUAGUCAUUCCUACUCAACGCACUACAACAACUACAAAUGUCCAUGUUACACAGGAGGAAAAAGAAGUAAGACGACAACCGCAAUUGCCUCGUGUUUAUAAUCGAGAAGAGAACACUGCGGAGAGAGAAACAAUCUAUAAUCGAAAUCGGCCAAGCAUUGUACCUCCACCUCGACGAACAAGCUACGAAGUUCAUAAUACCGAAGAAGAGCAAAAAAUCGUAGAAGUGCAUACUCCAUCUCCAGUGCCAGCUACGAAUAACAGACACAGCAUUUACAAUCAUGUUGAAGAAUCUGAAGUAGUACCGAACUACCAACCACGAGUAACAAUCGACAAGAAUACGGAAUUUGAAAUUUUGGAUCACCGACGAGAUUACCGACCACAAGUUCCAACAACACACACCCAAACUACUAUUCAUGAACGCCAAGAAGAAAAACAUCAUCAGCAUCACAUUCCUGUAACACCAGCGACGCCAGAGACAACUUAUUGGGAAGAUCGCAAUGAUGUGGAAGUGACUCAGGUAGUCCAGCAAGUAACUCCCCGUUAUCAGCCAAGUACGAGUCAUCAUGUGAUCACAGUGAAAAACGAAGAAACCAGUUCACAUCUUCGUCCACGUCCAUAUCCAGUUUACCCAAAUCAUGGCCUCACAUUUGAACGAAAUCAGACAUCAACUUCGACAUCAUUUGGGCGUCCAACAUAUCCUAUUUAUCCAUCAUUUAGAACUAAUGCCACGACAUUUGAAAAUGGCGAUACUUACAUCAGGUACGAAUCACACAUACCCACAACGUAUGUUAUUAAGCUGACUGCCGAAGAGUACGAAGAGAGAUUGCAUCACUUAAGAAACGUAAUGAGUCAUCUGGGCUACGCUCGACUGACAGACGAAGAGUAUAACGCGACUAUUGCUGCUGGUGGGUUUACGCAUAAUGGUUACAAGUUCAUUUACAAUGGUGACUCAGGACGUUUUGAGAAGAUCACAGUUACUGAUUUAACUGUCGAAGAGUACAAAGACAGAUUGUACUGCUUAAGGAACGAACUAAAUUUACUGGGCUACACUCGAAUGACAGAGACAGAGUAUAAUGAAACCAUUGCUACCGGUAGGUUUACAUACAAUGGAUACAAUUACGUUUACAAUGGUAACACUGGACGUUUUGAGAAGACGACAGUAGUUAUGGAUUUAACUGAUAAAGAGUACGCAGAUAGGUUGUACCGUUUAAGAAACACACUAAAUCAACUAGGCUACAAUCGAAUGACAGAGACAGAGUAUAAUGAAACCAUUGCUACCGGUAGCUUUACGUACAACGGAUACAAUUACGUUUACAAUGGUAACACUGGACGUUUUGAGAAGACGACAGUAGUUAUGGAUUUAACUGAGGAAGAGUAUGCAGAUAGGUUGUACCGUUUAAGAAACACACUAAAUCUACUAGGCUACAAUCGAAUGACAGAGAGAGAGUAUAAUGAAACCAUUGCUACCGGUAGCUUUACGUACAAUGGAUACAAUUACGUAUACAAUGGUAGCACAGGACGUUUUGAGAAGACGACAAUAGUUAUUGAUUUAACUGAGGAAGAGUACGCAGAUAGGUUGUACCGUUUAAGAAACGCACUAAAUCAACUGGGCUACAACCGAAUGACAGACACAGAGUAUAAUGAAACCAUUGCUACCGGUAGCUUUACGUACAAUGGAUACAAUUACGUUUACAAUGGUAACACUGGACGUUUUGAGAAGACGACAGUAGUUAUUGAUUUAACUGAGGAAGAGUACGCAGAUAGGUUGUACCGUUUAAGAAACACACUAAAUCAACUGGGCUACAAUCGAAUGACAGAGACAGAGUAUAAUGAAACCAUUGCUACCGGCAGCUUUACGUACAAUGGAUACAAUUACGUAUACAAUGGUAGCACGGGACGCUUUGAGAAGACGACAAUAGUUAUUGAUUUAACUGAGGAAGAGUACGCAGAUAGGUUGUACCGUUUAAGAAACGCACUAAAUCAACUGGGCUACAAUCGAAUGACAGACAUAGAGUAUAAUGAAACCAUUGCUACCGGUAGCUUUAGGUACAAUGGAUACAAUUACGUUUACAAUGGUAACACCGGACGUUUUGAGAAGACGACAGUAGUUAUUGAUUUAACUGAGGAAGAGUAUUCAGAUAGGUUGUACCGUUUAAGAAACGCACUAAAUCUCCUGGGUUACAAUCGAAUGACAGAUAGAGAGAUUAAUGAAACCAUUGCUACCGGUAGCUUUACGUACAAUGGAUACAAAUACGUUUACAAUGGUAACACUGGACGUUACGAGGAGGCUACCAAAGUAGAAUACGAAGCUAUUUACAAAAUUUUGCAACAGAAGUUACGAGAAAUUGGAUUCGGAGAAAUGUGCCAACAGGAAGUUCAGCAAGCCAUCACUACUGGAGUAUUCAUUCGUGAUGGCAACAAAUUUGUUUACGAUUCGGGACGCGAGCAAUACGAAAAAAUUCGAAUAACGAAUGAAGAGCGCAAGGAAAUAUUUUCUAGAAUUCAGGUGUUGUUGCGCCGAGAGGGAUUACGUUUGUUGACGCAGAAGGAGAAUGAAGGUGUUCUAAUCAACGGACACUUCAUACGAGCCGCGCAUCAAUGGAUCUACAAUAUUGUUAAUGGCACGAUCGUGAAAACGAUUUUUGUGGGUGACUUUGCUGAAUUCACAGAUGAUGAAUACAGGGAAAUUUACCAGAAGAUCCAGGAGACAUUAAGAAGCAUAGGAUAUGCACAGAUGAGUGACGGUCAGUGUAAUGCAACAAUUACAAGUGGUACGUUCGAGCGGGGUGGUAUUUAUUGGAGUUAUAAUCCGGAUAAUGGGAAGUUUGAGAGAAUCCUUCUGAGUCAAGAGGAGUAUCGGGAUCGAGUGCAAAUUUUAAGAAAUGCACUCCACCGGCUAGGUCACAGAAAGCUGUCUGCAGAAGAAUUUAGAGAGAUAAUCUAUCAAGGAUACUUCUAUCACGGCGGCUAUCGAUACGAAUACGUCAGACAACAGAGGCGAUAUAAAAGAAUUGAAUUUACAGCAGAAGAGUACAGAGAAAGACUACGACAACUGCAAGAACAACUAAUUAAAAUAGGUUACGGUAUAAUGGAUGAAGCACUGUGUAAUUCAACAAUAACAACCGGUAAAUUCUACUUUAACGGACACGAAUGGGUCUACAGUUUCAAAACCCGCGACUACCAAAUCGGAAAAGUCAGUAGUGUUAGUGGUCGAGGAGAUAUACCUGCAACGUUUUUCGGGGAAGAUUAUGGAUCGGACGAAAUGGUAGAAUCAGAACCGGGAGUGGGAUACUAUCCGAUCGGUAAGAAACCUGAAGUUGGAUUAUCUACACCCGAACCAUUCGAUCGAAUUCGCGAAAAUACGGAAAUACCAACAACCACUCGACCUGAACCGACAUUUAUUGUUCCCAAUGAAUACCAACGAGAUCGCUACAAGCAUGAACAACAUUUGACUACUCAAAUGUGGCCGACUCAGCCUACAACCGUAUCUGAACGACGCUAUCACAGAAAGCAAACAACUUACACACAGACGACUGGCGUACAGCCUCAAACGUUUGCUACACAACGAUCUACGAGACAUGUACCUGGCAGUGAAUUUGGUGAAGACAACGAACUAGAGGAAACCAGUACUCCCUUUGAACCGCUAGUUGUUUCUACGCAAGCCUACUUGGUGUAUGACAAUGGAAAUGGAAAUGAACGACCAAGACCGUACAGGCCAGACGAUCAAAGCGAAAUCAUUGAGCGUUAUUUGAACAAUGAAAGACCAUAUUCACCAAAAUAUUAUGGUAGUGACAACAACGAAUAUCAACAACAAACAGAUCCGACACCUGAAAAUAUUGAAGACCUUGGUGAUCUUGACUUCAAUGGUCAGGCCGAAGAAGACGUUCAGCAGCAAUUGGUCGACUUGGACUUUGAAGCUGAAGAUUUGCGACAGCAACAAGUUGAUGUGAACAGUGAUGAUGACCGAAAUGAUCAACAGAGACUACUGGACGGUUAUGCUAGAGAAUCUGGACGAACCGAAUACAAUUCCCAUUACCAUGGACAAAAGGAGACGGCAGACGAAUAUGACGCUCAGGUGGUUCAAGUUACCGACAAAGCUGAUGGGGAUAACAAAGAAUCGCCUGGAUUAUGGACGAGGUUCAAGGACAAAACGAAAGAUAUUUUCGGUUGAUUAGACUAAGCAUUAAUGUGUAGAGAAGCUGUUAAAGUUAAGAAUUGAAAUAAAUGAAACCUUGUCACGAUCGAGGUCACGAUGAUUUCGGUUGUUCCAUAAAGAA